AUGAUGAUAAGAUGUGAACUUUUGGUUUAUAACUCAGAUUUGGCAUCUUCGGAAACGACUACAACUGAGCAAGAAGUCGUGAUUGCUUUGGGAAGCAAUGUUGGAAACAGAAUGAACAAUUUCAAAGAGGCUUUACGUUUGAUGAAAAUUUAUGGGAUCCGUGUAACGAGGCACAGUUGUUUGUACGAGACAGAGCCUGUUCAUGUGACAGAUCAACCCAAAUUUCUCAAUGCUGCUGUGAGAGGUGUAACAAAGCUCGACCCUCAUGAGCUCUUGGCCGUUCUCAAGAAAAUUGAGAAAGAGAUGGGACGUCAAGAAAAUGGUAUAAGGUAUGGACCAAGACCACUUGACUUGGACAUAUUGUUCUAUGGGAAGCUAAGAAUAACUUCUGAUAAACUCAUCAUUCCUCAUGAGAGGAUUUGGGAAAGACCAUUUGUAUUAGCACCUUUGGUAGAUUUGCUUGGAUCAGAUGUUGAUGAUGAUGAUAAUGAUCAUAUAGUUUCACAUUGGCAUUCACUAGCAAUGCAUCAUGGUGGCAUUUUCCAAGCGUGGGAGAAACUUGGUGGAGAAUCAUUGCUUGAGAAACACGGUAUCCAAAGGGUUUUACCAAUAGGAGACCAAUUAUGGGAUUUUUCUAAGAAAACUUAUGUAAUGGGUAUACUUAAUCUUACACCUGAUAGCUUUAGUGAUGGAGGUAAGUUUCAGUCCAUAGAUUCCGCGGUUUCUCGAGUCCGUGCUAUGAUCUUUGAAGGUGUAGAUAUUAUUGAUAUCGGUGCACAAUCAACAAGACCAAUGGCUUCAAGGAUUUCUUGUCAAGAAGAGAUAGAUAGACUAAUUCCGGUUUUAAAAGCUUUGCGUGGUAUGCAAGAAAUGAAGGGGAAACUUAUUUCUGUGGACACUUUUAACUCUGAGGUUGCUUUAGAAGCAAUAAGAAAUGGAGCUGAUAUUUUGAAUGAUGUAUCAGGAGGAACUUUAGAUCCAAAUAUGUAUAAGGUUGUUGCGGAUUCUGAUGUUCCUUACAUGGUUAUGCACAUGAGAGGAGAUCCAUGUACAAUGCAGAACAAAGAGAAUUUGGAGUAUAAUGAUUUAUGCAAAGAUGUUGCUUUAGAGCUUUAUUCGAGAGUAAGAGAUGCAGAGCUCUCUGGGAUUCCAGCUUGGAGGAUUAUGACUGAUCCAGGAAUAGGGUUUUCUAAGAAAGUUGAUCACAAUCUAGAUAUUAUCAUUGAUUUGCCGAAAAUCCGGAAAGAGAUGGCCAAGAAGAGCGUAUCAUUGUCUCAUGCACCUAUGCUUAUAGGACCUUCAAGGAAGAGAUUCUUGGGAGACAUUUGUGGCCGUCCUGAGGCAAGUGAAAGAGAUCCAGCAACUGUUGCUUGUGUUACUGUUGGGAUAUUGGGAGGUGCCAAUGUGAUUAGGGUUCAUAAUGUUAGAGAUAACGUAGACGCGGCAAGGCUAUGCGAUGCAAUGAUGAGAAAAAAAAAAGUCAAAAAGGAUGAUUAG